AUGGUUGUGUUUUGCAGACAAGAAUAUGAGAGUGUCGAUUUUAUGAGUCGAAAUCGACAGAAUAUCACGUGGACAAAUCCUUCAGCGUGCGAACUGAACGCCGUAGAAUUGGACGGUGAAAACGAUGAGGAGGAUGGUGACGAAGAGAUG